AUGAAAUUGUUUCUUGGUCUUCCAUUGCUUCUCUUUUUCAAUGUCCAGGAAUACGUCACAAAAUUAAUUAAUGGUUGGAUUGAUCUGCAAGUGGAGGUUGCACAAUAUAUAAAUACUGAUGUACGUGGAGUUCCCUUAUCUGCACCAGCUACCAAACCUUUAAGUGGUUUUCGUGGAAAUCUAUCAGGAAAACGUGUUGAGUAUACAGGAAGAACUGUUAUAUCUCCUGACCCAAAUUUGAAAAUCACGGAGGUUGCGGUUCCUAUAUUGAUGGCUCAGAUUUUAACGUAUCCUGAGCGAGUGUCCUAUCAUAAUACAGAGAAGUUGAGGCAAUGCGUGCGAAAUGGGCCUAAAAAGUAUCCUGGAGCAAAAUACAUCAGGCAGCCAGAUGGUACCGAGAUAUCAUUGAAGUUUAGUUCUAGAAAGCGUCAUGCUGAUGAAUUGAAAUUUGGUUACAUAGUUGAUCGUCAUCUAGAAGAUGGAGAUGUUAUUCUCUUUAACAGACAACCGAGUCUGCAUAGAAUGUCCAUCAUGUGUCACAGGGCAAGAAUAAUGCCAUGGCGAACAUUGAGAUUUAAUGAGUCCGUCUGUAACCCAUAUAAUGCUGAUUUUGAUGGUGAUGAGAUGAAUAUGCAUGUGCCUCAAACAGAGGAGGCUCGCACAGAGGCGCUAAUGUUGAUGGGAGUGCAAAACAAUUUAUGCACUCCAAAAAAUGGAGAGAUUUUGGUUGCUUCCACACAGGACUUUUUGACAUCUUCAUUUCUCAUUACAAGGAAGGACACAUUUUAUGAUCGUGCUUCUUUUUCACUUAUGUGUUCAUACAUGGGGGAUGGGAUGGAUCAGAUUGAUUUGCCAACUCCUGCACUACUUAAGGUUACUAAAAGGAUUAGUACUCCAAUCAUUUCUGCAAAACUGGAGCAUGAGGACAAUGCAAAGGAGGCUAGCCUUGCAAAAGCUCGUAUAGAGAAAACACUUUUAGGGCAGGUAGCCAAAAGUAUAAAGAUUGUCAUGUCGGCGAGGUUAGCAUCCAUAGUAAUUACACUUGAUAUGGAAAUAAUACAAGCAUCUCGGCUUUGUACAGAUGCUUAUAGAGUGAAAGAAUCGAUUCUGCAGACACCAAGAAUCAAACUGAAGGAUCAGCAUGUUAAGGUCUUGAAUUCCAGAAAGCUGGAAGUAGUUCCCCAGACUGACAGAAGUAAACUUCACUUUGAGCUCCACACACUCAAGAACAAGCUUCCUUCAGUGGUUGUCACAGGAAUCACCACUAUUGAACGUGUCGUAAUUAAUAGUGAAGAGAAGAAGGAUUCUGGAGGAGGUCCCAAGUACCUCUUGUUUGCAGAAGGGACAGGUCUCCUAGGUGUAAUGGGCACUGAAGGAGUAAAUGGCUAUGAAACCAAAAGCAAUCACAUCAUGGAAGUGCAGCAGACGCUUGGAAUUGAAGCUGCAAGAAGUUCGAUAAUUGAUGAAAUUAAGCAUACCAUGUCUAGUCAUGGAAUGACUAUAGACAUACGUCAUAUGAUGCUUCUGGCAGAUCUGAUGACAUUUAAGGGCGAAGUUCUUGGUAUUACAAGACAUGGUGUUCAGAAAAUGAAAGAUAGUGUGCUAAUGCUGGCUUCUUUUGAGAAGACAGCAGAUCACCUUUUCAAUGCUUCUGUAAAUGGACGGGAUGAUAAGAUUGAAGGAGUAAGUGAAUGCAUCAUUAUGGGAAUACCAAUGCAGUUAGGCACUGGGAUGCUUAAAGUGAGGCAAAGAGUGCAGCAGGUGGAGCUGAAUUAUGGGUUGGACCCAAUCCUGUCCUAAACUUGUUUUCGUGGUGAGACCAGUAUGUUGUGCUACAAAUGUGCAAAAAUGAUCGUAAUUUCUCAAGACGACGACAAUGUUGAAGGAACUGGACAGAAAAUUUUCUGAGCGAGCAUUAACCUUGCGGAUUGCUGUGCAUGUUCUUUGGCCCAUUUUUCUCCUCUUAAACAGAAAAGAUUGAGGAUUAUAGAAUAGUAGACUAUUCGGUAGACCUGUCCAUUCCCAUAGCAUAGUGAGGUUUGCCCCGAAAGGGCAGAAAUGACAAUUGUGCCAACAAUGUACAAACUGUUGUAUAUAUUGUAAAUACCAAAUCACCCGUUGUAAACCAUAGGCAAAACUUGAGUAGACCUGGUCUUACAAAGUUCAAUGUCUUAUGUUGUGUUGCACCA